UCCAUGGCCUCUCCCAUCAUGACUGAGCAUGGUCUGUCUCCAGGGCCCGUCAACGGUUGCUCUUCUUCCUCCAUCCCCCAGCCCAAUGCAGGCAACAGCAGCAAGCCCUGGAGGAGUAAGUCCCUGAACGUCAAGCACAGCGCCACCUCCUCCAUGCUGUCCGUCAAGCAGGACCCUCCCACCAGGCAGCCCGUGGCCCCGCCCCUAGAGGUCCCCCCUAAAGUCAUUGCCCAGAAGUCCAUGCUGGAGAAACUCAAGCUUUUCAACACCAAAGGAACCUCCAAGGCAGCUGGAGUCCUGACUGACAGUCCGACGGGGAAGGAGACGGAGGCGAAGGAGGUGCGCCCCACCGGCGUGGAUCCCCUGGAAGAGGCGGAUGGGAACUCCCGGCCCCCCAGCGCCAUGGCAACCAGCCCCAAACUGGCCCUGAAGGGGAUUGCCCAGCGCACUUUCAGCCGGGCCCUCACCCCCAGGAAGAGCUCUCUGAAGACUGGGGAGGAGAAAGACAAGGCCAGGCUCAAGAAGAGAGACAAGGCCCAGGAGGAAGGCUCCAAGUGGGGGUCAGUCACAGAGCAGGAGGUACCCAGGGACAACACCAGGCAGGAGGUAGAAGGUUCAGACGCAGCGGAGCCCAAGAGGAAUGCCAAGAUCACUAGCUUCAUCCCAAAAGGAGGCAAGGCUGGCAGUGGCACAAAGGAGAGCUCAGCCUCAGCAGCACACAGUGGAAUACCAAAGCCAGGUUCCAAGGCAGGGAAGACCUCUUCUGGUCGAGAUGGAGAGAGGCCCCGCACUUUGAGGGCCUGUGGGGGAGGUGGUCUCUCGGUGCACAAGGGCCAGCUGGACAACAGAAGCUCCUGCUCCAGCCUCGCUGCCUCUGAAGGGAGGUCUCACUAUCACCACACCAACGGAGUGCCCCCAGUCGCUACCACAGCCAGCAACACCAUCAGUGUUCAGCUACCUCAUCCUCAACAGCAAUACAACCACCCCAACACUGCUACUGUUGCACCAUUCAUGUACAGGUCUCAGCCAGAUGUGACCGGAACAGACAUGAUGAUGGAGGCAGCAGGGUCACUGGAGUGUCACAGAGAGACUGCAGCCUACAGCAAAUCAGCACACAACUCCCUGGAGGACCUCACAGGUGAAGACCCUGAGGCCAGGCGCUUGCGGACGGUGAAGAACAUUGCCGAUCUGAGGCAGAACCUGGAAGAGACCAUGUCCAGCCUGAGGGGAACACAGAUCAGCCACAGUACCCUGGAGACCACCUUUGACGGCAGCGUCACCACAGAGGUCAGCGGGAGAGGCAUGCUCAACCUGUCCCCCCGCCCCAACCCAACGCUGCCCUGGCGACUGGGCCCCUCCAGCCCCCGUCUGCAGGCGGGCGAUGCCCCCUCAGUGGGGAAUGGGUAUGAGGUGGCAACACGGGGCAGUGCCAGUCGCAUGGUGAGCCCCGAGAGCGGGCUCUACCUCCGCGGCAGGCAGACACCAGGCCAGGAGAGGAACAGUGUGUGUGAGCUGGACCCGCCAGAUAAGAUGGAGGAGCUGGAGGGCAUCGCCAUGGAGACCACGGGGUACAUGAGCGACGGUGACGUGCUGGGGAAGAAUCUCCGCAUGGACAAAGUCUCCAGUGGCUACAUGACGGACGGCGGGCUGAGCCGGUACACCCACUGCCUCAACCGCCUGCCAGAUGGCAUGGCCGCCGUCCGAGAGACGCUCCAUCGCAACACAUUCAAGGGCCAAGGGGACGCCACUGACAGUUGGGACGACAGCAGCUCGGUGAGCAGUGGGAUCAGUGACACCGUCGACACAGAUGACAUCAACACCAGCUCCUCAAUCAGCUCCUAUGUCAACACUCCGUCCAUCUCCUGCAAGGACCUAGAGGGACAGACGGACGCGGAGAAGCACUCAGCCGUCGAGCAGAACUCUGUGUGGUCCGGCAGCGACGAGAUCAAGAGGUCAGACGGGAGCUCGGACAGCGGGUUCAAAAUGGAAUCGGGCUCCAAGUGGUGCCGCCGCCCCUCAGACAUGUCGGACGAGUCGGGCAGGAGCUCCUCGGACCGCAAAACGCCUUCCAUGGCCCACACGGGCUCCUGGAGGCGAGGCCUGAGUGCCCAGGUGGGCGUGACCUCGCCCAGGACCAAGGCACCUGUCACGCCAGUCUGCGGCACGCUGAAGACCCAUGGGACAGGUAAAACGGACGACACCAAGGUGUCUGAGAAGGGCCAGCAUCAUCUCUCGCCCCGGGCCAACAGCAGCAUGCAGCGCUCCCCAUCAGACACGGGCCGCAGCAGUGGAGACGAAGCCAAGAAGCCCCCCUCCACCUCCAGCUCCAGCCGCACCCCCACCACCAACACGUUUGGCUUCAAGAAGCACGCAGGAGGAGGUAUGACCAUGGUGACAGCCAGCGGAGUCACCAUCACCAGUGGCUCUGCCACCCUGGGGAAGAUCCCCAAAUCAGUGCAGCUUCACGGGGGUCGGGGUCUUGGUCGCCAGGCCAGUGUGGAUGAUGGCUACCUGCCUGUGAGCUCCCACUCCACCCUGCAGUACCGCAGCCUCCCCCGGCCCAGCAGAGCCUCUGGCGGGGUUCGCAGCGCCAACCGCUCCUCCAGCACCAGCAUCGAGUCCAACCUCAGCUCCAGGUCCAACACGCACCACGGCCCCAAAAGCCGCAGCCAAGUCCCCAAGCCCAGCGCCGGUGGCAUCCCCCUGCCUGGCUCGGGAUCUAACCAGACAGACAAGGAGAAGGGGGUGUCCUCUGAAGCCAAUCCCAUGGCCCAGGGCUCAGCAACUCUGCCCCCUCAAGGAGCCAGGCAGCCAGGGGGAAAGUACCCAGACAUCUCCUCCCCUACUCUGCGCAGACUGUUCGGAGGCAAGCAGGGCAAGCAGCAGGCCCCAGUCACCACCGCAGAGAACAUGAAGAACUCCACCGUCAUCUCCAACCUCCACGCCAACUCUGGCCAGCAGGGCGGCGCUCUGGACUCCCCCUCGGCCAGUAGCGGGGGCAGUAGCCCUCUGUAUGGGGGUGGAGGUCGUCUGGGUGUGGAGGCCCACUCCCUCUCCCCCCUGGCUUCCAGCCCCGGCUCGACCCUGUCCACCCCCUCCCACAGCCUGGCCUGGAGCAGCACCCUGAGCAGGGACACCCUGAGCCCCGGCUACCCCUCCCUUAGCAGCCUUGCCACCAGCAGCGAGUCCAUCGACGUGUCCCUGGGCAGCGGUGGCCACGGACACCACGGCCAUGGUCACGACACACUGCCAGCCUGCGUCAGGAACAACGGCAUCAAAACGGGAAUCUCAGAAAGGUACGGCCACCUGCCCCAGCUGCGUAGUCAUGACGACCCCCGGGACUGGCUGCGUUCCCACUCUGCAGGAGGUCUUCAGGAGUCUGCCGGCAGCUCCCCCUUCUCCCCCGCUUCCAGCCUCACCUCGCCCUCCGGAGCCCGCUUCAAUUUCUCCCAGCUUGGCAGCCCUACCACAGCUGCACAGAUCAACCUGGCCAACCUCCGCAGCGGCCUGGCCAAUCAGGAAGGGCCGUAUGACCCGUACAGUGAACGCCUGAGGAACUCGUCCAUGUCUCUGGAGGAGAAGAGUCGCACCAUGAGCAGCUCUGGGUCCUUCAGGGAUGGACUAGAGGAGGUCCACGGCUCCUCUCUGUCUCUAGUGUCCAGCACUUCCUCUGCCCACUCCAUGCCGGAGGAGAAAUCUCAGUCGGAGAUUCGUAAGCUGCGGAGAGAAUUGGACGCUUCCCAGGAGAAGGUGUCCGGUUUGACCACUCAGCUGAGUGCUAAUGCUCACCUGGUAGCAGCGUUUGAGCAGAGCUUGGGGAACAUGACCAUCCGACUCCAGGGCCUUACCACCACGGCUGAGCAGAAAGAUUCUGAGCUGAACGACCUGAGGAAGACCGUAGAGCACAUGAAGAAGCAGAACACAGCAGCCCAGGCAGCCAUCGACGGUGUCAUCAACCUGCCAGAGCUCACCUGCAAAGGUGAUAGGCCAGCCUCAGACAAUGGAAGCCCCCAGUCUCAGCAGGAUCUGUGUAUCCGCAGACAGCACUCGUCUGACAGUGUGUCUAGCAUCACCAGCGCCACCAGCCACUCCAGCGUGGGCAGCAACUUGGAGCUGGACGCCAAGAACAAAAAGACGAGGAAGAACUGGCUGCGGAGCUCUUUCAAGCAGGCAUUUGGGAAGAAGAAGUCGUCCAAGUCUGCGUCCUCCCACUCCGACGCAGAAGAGAUUGCCGACUGUUCCCUGCCCUCCUCCCCCAAGCUAACUGCAUAUAACGGCUCCACCGCCUCAACACCCAUGAUCCGGAACUCCCACUCCAACUCUCUGAUCUCAGAGUGCACAGACAGCGAGGCGGAGACGGUGAUGGCGCUCCGCAGCGAGCUCCGAGACAAGGACAUGAAGCUGACUGACAUACGCCUGGAGGCCCUCAGCUCCGCCCACCAGCUGGACCAGCUCAGGGAGUCCAUGAACCGCAUGCAGGGUGAGAUAGAGAGGCUGAAGACAGAGAACGACUGUAUGAAGAUGGAGAGUCAGGGCAGCUGCAGCAGAGCAGCCUCACAAGCCUCAGUGGCCUCACCCUCAGCGGGCCAGUCACAGCAUAGCCUCGCUCUAACAGAGUCCACCAGCCUCGACAUGUUGUUGGAGGACAACGGGGACGGUAGCUCACGGAAAGAAGGACGACACGUCAAGGUGGUCGUAACUCUAGAUGAGGAUGCCAAGUGGAAAGAGGAGCGUAGACCUCGUCAGUUCCUGAUUGGGUGCAUUGGUGUCAGUGGGAAAACCAAAUGGGAUGUGCUGGAUGGGGUGGUCAGACGUCUCUUUAAGGAGUACAUUAUCCACGUGGACCCAGUGAGCCAGCUGGGUCUAAACUCAGACAGUGUCCUGGGCUAUAGCAUCGGGGACAUCCAUCGCACACGUGGGACUGACACCCCUGAACUCCUGCCCUGUGGAUACCUCGUUGGAGACAGUGACACCAUCUCUGUCUCUCUCAAAGGUGUGUGUGAGCACAGCCAAGACGACUUGGUGUUUGAGACGCUGAUCCCCAAACCCCUGCUGCAGCGCUACGUGUCCCAGCUCCAUGAGCACCGUAGGAUCAUCCUGUCUGGCCCCAGUGGCACCGGGAAGAGUUUCCUGGCCAGCCGAUUGGCCGAACACAUAGUGCUGAGGGAAGGGAGAGAGGUCACCGACGGGACCAUUGCCACGUUCAACGUAGACCACAAGUCCAGCAAGGAGCUGCGUCAGUACCUGUCUAACCUGGCUGACCAUUGCAACAGUACGAGUCAUGGGGUGGACAUGCCCCUGGUGGUAAUACUGGACAACCUGCACAACGUCAGCUCUCUAGGAGAGGUCUUCAAUGGCCUGCUCAGCUGCAAGCACCACCAAUGUCCUUAUAUCAUUGGAACAAUGAACCAGGCUACAUCAUCCACUCCCAACCUGCAGCUUCAUCAUAACUUCAGGUGGGUGCUGUGUGCCAACCACACUGAGCCAGUGAAGGGCUUCCUGGGUCGGUUCCUGAGGAGGAGGCUGAUGGAGACGGAGAUCAGCAGCCGACAGCGCAACGCUGAGCUGGUGAGGAUCAUCGAGUGGAUCCCUACUGUCUGGCAUCACCUCAACCGCUUCCUGGAGUCCCACAGCUCCUCGGACGUCACCAUCGGGCCUCGCCUCUUCCUGUCUUGUCCCAUGGAUGUGGAGGGAUCCAGAGUGUGGUUCACAGAUCUGUGGAACUAUUCCAUCAUUCCCUACAUGCUGGAGGCUGUCCGAGAGGGGCUGCAGAUGUAUGGGAGGAGAGCUCCGUGGGAGGAUCCAGCACGGUGGGUGAUGGAGAGCUACCCCUGGGCAGCCAGCCCCCUGCAGCACGAAUGGCCCCAGCUGCUGCAGCUCCGGCCAGAGGACGUAGGCUUCGAUGGAUACUCCAUCUCCAAAGAUGGCUGUCCCAGAAAACAGCUUCCCCAGGGAUGCACAGACGGAGAUCCCCUGAUGAACAUGCUGAUGAGGUUAAAGGAGGCAGCCCACUGCUCCGGCAGCACUCAGAGUUACGACAGCGACUCCAACAGCAACCAGGAUCCCCAUGAAGACAACAUGCUGGAUUCACCACUGGAGUACACACUAUGAGUCUCCCUCUGUCGGCUAGUACUCACUCUGGGAAACAUCCUAAAGGAACAUACCUUUUGCGUUAAUCAUCCAUUGAUAUGAGGUUCAAUGUUCGGUUAUGUAUUUCAAGUUAGAAUUUGACCUCUGCGAUUUCAUGUCUUUAGGCAGUCAGAGCAUCUUAUCUACCAGUUGUAACUCACUAUUUACACUGUGUACUGAUACAUAAUAGAAUAAAUAGAUUUACUGGGUGGAGGUAACCCGAGAUGAAAAACCCAGUCGAAGUUCAAUAACCUGAAUAAUUUCAACUCAGUAUUUCUACUGUUUUCAGUGUUUAUUAGGAGUCUGUUUACAGUCCCAGACAAAGACACUCAGCCAUAUAAAUGAAUGACGUAGUUUAUGAGGCAUCAAACCAGUUGCCUUGACUGUGACCUAACCUAGGCUAUAGCUAUGUGGUCCAAACUGAGUAGCAAAAACUGUACAUACAUUCACUCAGCUUCACAGAGCUUGACCUGUGUGCAUUUUCUUAGUGAAGAGACAUCUUUUUGGUGCUUAACUUUCAAAUGAUGCCUUGCUACCUUUAUAACAACGGUGGUCACAUGCAUUGACAAUGCCUUUGAUAUACUUGAUUUCUAUAGAGGCGGUGCAGAGUUUAGGGGCUGCUAACAUGCUCAUACUUUGAUGAAAAUGACUCCACAUCGUUUAUGUGCAGCUAGCUGGUAGCGAAAAGGUCUAGGCUUUUGUUAUGGAUAUCUUGAAAUCAGUGAUACUUUUAGGAUUUUUGGUGCUCUCCUGAGGAAGAUGAGAACUUUACACCUCAUGAGCGUUUCAAACAGUAUCCCAAAAGCCCUAGUUUGUCUUUUGUUCAGCUCUAGACAGAGCUCCAUCCCUGCAUGAAAUGUUCCAACACAGUGUUUCCCUAUAUAGAGGCACAUUGGACAUAUAGACCCACAUCUGAAAGGUCUCUGGCUAGAAAAGGAUCAGAGCGACUGCAUGGCUUUGAGACGGAGGCGGGCAUGUCUAGUCGCUCACUCUGAAGAAUUAGCACCGGUUCCAUUUGCGUCCAGUGUUAAUGGGAUCCUCUGUGUUGCUGUAUUGGAGUGACUAGGCUUUAUUCCCUCAUAAGAUGGAGUAUUCUUAGAGCAGCUUACUCUACUAAGAGGUACCACUUUGGUUGCUCCCCCUCACAAUGUCCCCAUUAUCUGUCAGUGUUGUUGCUAUUCAUCCCAUGAGUGUUCUUAGUAACAAAUUCUUUGCAACAUUCAUUUGGAACUUUCGACUGAAACCAAAACAGUUUACUUCUAUUUUUAAGUAUUGUCAAGAUUUGUAUUGCAGGUACAUUGAUCUGUGAAUAUUUUUGCAAGGUUUGAAUUUUCACUAGCAUAUCUUACUGGACUGUAAAGGGUGGUGCAAGCACAAAUCAAAAUGGUUGUUUGUCUUUUCUUGGUCCCACACAGUUAGGAUGUUGGAAUGAUGUGAAAGGUAUGCUAUUGAAUCUAGUGGUUGAUAAUUGUUGAAUUCUUUGAUAUGUGAAUUUUGUUUAUGCACAUUUUUAUUUUGUAAUGUGAAGAUGUACACAUUUGAUCUGAAUGCCACGUUUUCAAAACAUUUUCUAUACAUCUUUUACUGAACUACAGAGUAAUGUGUGUAGGCCUACAGUUAGGUUUCCUCCAUAGGUUGUUCCUUUCUCUAUAAGAGUGAAAAACUAUGAGACUGUGAGAAUAAAUCUGGUCCCAAUACUGUACUUUCCAUCUUUCAUAUUUUUUUAUUCAUAGAGAAAUCAAUAAACCAGUGUUUAUUUAUUAA